CUGAGAUUCUAUGGUCUUUAAUGGUUUUUUCAUCAUGUCAGGACUGGUUAGUAUUCAGACAAGGAGGGGAGGGUGGGUUUCAAGGUAGAACAAAUAAAUUGGUUGAUGGCUGCUACUCCUUUUGGCAGGGAGGAGUGUCUGCAUUGAUACAAAGACUACAUUCGAUUGUUGAUGAACAACUGGGGUUAUCAGAUGGUUUAGGAGACUGCUGUUCAGAUAGCAUCGAUAGUGAUGAAACAUCUGGUUUAUUUGAUGGGGAACAGUGUCUGGAAGGCCUGUCAUCUCAUGUUGAUGACGCUAGUCAUCAUUGCCCAGAAGGGCAACAGAAUGCUUCUGAUCUGAGAAAUCCUUCGAGUAAUGGUUAUAAUUUUAUCAGAGGGCGUGCAAAUAUGAAACCUCUAUUUAACAGCAUGAACUUGCAGCAAUAUCUCCUUCUGUGCUCUCAGGUGGAAGGAGGGUUCAGAGACAAACCUGGGAAGAACAAAGACCACUAUCACACCUGUUAUUGUCUAAGUGGCCUAUCAGUUAGUCAGUAUAGCUGGUCAGAAGAUGUCGAUUCUCCACCGUUGUCCUGGGCAGUAAUGGGGCCCUAUUCCAAUCUGUUGGAACCUGUCCAUCCGCUCUAUAACAUUGUCUUAUCGCGUUACUACGAAGCACACGAAUUCUUCCUAGAUCAUAGGCAUAUUUCCCAUGCCGAAGUUAGCAGUGGAACAUAUGUUUCUUGUACCAUGUAGCUAGUAUUUUGUUACUUUCAAACUUUAUUAUUUGACCAAAUUUCCUUUAGUGGUGGUUGGAAUUAUAGGGUUUGACUACUGCUUGUGUACCACUCAUCAGUUGUUUGAUUAUUUAUACUGCUUUUUGGGUAAGAGUUUUUCAGUUUUCAAGGUGAACACAUUUUCUCG